AUGUCCUCCGAUGAAGAAACCAUCCCCGAUGACGAUGGAUUACCGUACCUCGGUGAAUAUGAGGGAGAACGAAAUGAAUUAGAUGAACGGCACGGUUUUGGAAGAGCGAAGCUGCCUAGCGGAGACACUUACGAGGGAAAUUAUGAAAAUGGCAAGCGACAUGGACACGGAGUUUACAGGUAAAUAAACUUUUUGCCUAGAAUUUCAUUUUCUCUAUACGUCAAAUUUUGUGAUUCCUCAUACUCUCCAUUUGGCAAAAUCUAAAAGCAAACAGCAUCGCAAGGAAUUUAUGACUAGUUGUACAUGUUUGAUUCUAUGUCAGCUCAGCUUCAGGUCACACUUAGGUAGUGUAUAGCCUGAAAAAGACUCAAUUAACGUAUCUUAACGUACAGUAAUGAAAUGUGACGAUUUUAAAUAUGUUCUGCGCUUUUCAAAUAGAAGAAAUAAAGACAAGAGGCAGUGAAGAGGAUUUGAUUCAUCUGACUGAACUAGAUAAUAUUUAAUCAAAGUAAUGUUUCUUUUUGGGGGACCAUUUUGUCUGAAGAUCAUUAGCAGUUGGAUUUUACCUCAGUUUUGUUUUGGGUGAGCAAUAUUGGCAAUAAACAUACAAACAACAAUUUAAUGCUUCAAAGACAGGGAAUUAGUCUUCUAACUUUUAUCAAAUGUUGCCGAAUUGUUCGAUUUAAGCGUGACUUAUCGAAAGCCGGAAAGUACGAUAAACUUUGUUAAGAGAAUGGUUUACCUCGGGAACUGAGUGGAUACUGUUAUACAGUUUCUAAUGACGCUUUUGUAGUUCAGAUCAUUUUUAGCAAUAGUGAUCAAUAGUGAUUAACAGUGUAAACAUAUUCACAGAAAAAGAGACAUGUAGAAUGCCGUGACUCUUCACAGCAGGAAAUGAUUUAAUCACGUCAUGUGAAGUCAUGCAUCGUUGAAGAUCUAUCUCGUCCAAAUCUCUUCAAAGAAACUCUUUUUGGUGCCACUUGAGCCUGGAGGGACGAGACCAGACCACAAAACCUGAGAAAUGAGAGCGUCAGUCUCGCGUGUUAAGCGUCCCUCCCUACCCUAUCUUGUCCAGCUCCUGCAAUUUCAAUUCCCCUUUGCAUUGGGGUGGUGGAGAGAGGAGGUGUACCUUUAUCCUUUGGAAGAUUUUCAGUCAAGUUCUUUGUGAAACUGUUAACCAUUUUCAGAUAAGAAUAUGAAAGUGUUCCCCACCCAUCUUCAAACCAACAAGGGCAGGAGCUGGCUCCUGACAAGGGCGAUAUUUCGCUAACUAUUUCUAGGUUGUGGACAAGCUCCCCUCUCUUCUCCCCUCUCUCUGUAAGAGACUCACGCAUGGGUGCAGGCGACCCCCGCAACGCCUAAUAGUGAAGCCCUUUUUAUGCCCGGGGGGUACUCGUUUAUAUAAGCCAUACAGAUCUGUACCGCCUUAAAGGGUAUGGUUUUUGCGUCGUUUUGGUCUGAAAAAGGGUAUAGACUUUGCCCAUUUUGGUUUGGGAUCGGGUAUUGUUUUCGAGUAAACCACGGGACUGUAUAAACGUAUUAUCGUUUCAAUUCCAAACGAGUAAGAAGCUAAAAGAGAAAUAUGCAAGUUCCUAACGGAUUUUAAGAAAUCUUUCUGGCUGGCGUUAUAAUCUAGGUAACGAUGACAUACUCCCACCAAGAAUUCCCAGGAGUACCCCACUCGGGUUUUUAUAUAACGUUUUACAGGAUCAAUUGAGGUUUCUGGGUAACUGACCUCCUACCCCUCCCCUAAGUCAACAUUAACACUUACUUCUCACUUAGGGCAAAAUUGCGACUUAGGCCGGUUGUACUGUGUAGCAGUUGGAUGAGAUAUAUAGGGACAAAUAGGAGUGGUGAUCGCAAGGAACUGAAGAAGGACGAGCGUUUCACUUGUCUCGCGUCGCCCCAUAUCAGUUUCAUACGCGGCGAAGUACGACAGGUUUUACAGGGAGUCUAGUACCUCAGAUUACUUGAUGCGAUAUAAUUUGCAGGUUCAAAAUUGGAGCACGUUACACAGGAAAUUACGUAGAGGGCAAGAAAAACGGCGAAGGUGUCUUCUUGUAUCCUGACGGAUCCAAAUACGAUGGGUCCUGGAUCAACGAUCUACGGAACGGUUGGGGCACUUACACCUACCCUAACGGGGAUACUUACGAAGGGGAGUGGCAUCAGGGAGUUCGUCACGGCCAGGGGACCUAUACCUAUAAUGAAACGGGCUCUCACUAUGAGGGAACGUGGUUCCACGGCAAGAUGCAAGAUGAAGGUCACCUAGUGCACUCAAAUCACAGAUACAUUGGUAAUUUUGAAGAAAACAGGCCCAGGGGACCAGGAAAGUACGUGUUCGACUCCGCCUGUGUACAGUUGGGUAAGUAUGUAUGGAAAGAAGAGGAAAACCAAGGCAAGCACGAAGAGGAUGAAGCUGAGAUUUUGGUUACGCCCAUGUGGGAAGGAAAACAGAUUUGCGCUAUUGAGGAAGAGGAAACGGCAUAG